CGUGAGGGGGGGGGGGCUCGGGGGGACCCCAGAUCCGCUCUUUUCACCCCAAAAACCCUCCCGUGACCCCUCCAGCCACUCCGUAACCCCGUAACACCCUCAGGGCCCGCUGAGAUCCCCGAACUCCGCUGCGACCCCAAACCGCGACACCCAAAUUCCCUCAGCACACCCCCCCCAUUCCCUCAGCGCGACCCCCUCCCCAGGUUUUACUGCACCCCCAAAAUUACACAUUUAAUCCUCUUCUUCCUCCUCUUCCUCCUCCUCUUCCUCCUCCUCCCCCCGCCCUAAAUCCGCCUGCCCACAGAAAGCCGGAGCGUGCGGCUGGAGGUGGAAAACAGGCCCGUGAGAGGCUGGGGAAAAAAGGGGGGAAAAAAAGAAGAAAAAAAAGGGACAAAAAUAGAAAGGGAAGAGGAUAAAAGAAGGGGGAGAUCAGAAAGAAAAAAAUAAUAAAGGGGGAAAGGAAGACGUGAGAAGCAAAAGAGGAGCGCGAAGGAAUAAAAAAGAUUAAAAGAGAAAAAAAAAAAGAAGGGGAACGGAGGGAAAAGAAGGAAGAAGAAACAGAAAGAAGGAAAAGGGAAUAAAGGAGGAAAGAAGAAGGAAAAAAGCGGGAUAAAAAGGGGUUUCCAGAGGACCUGUGGCAGGACUGGGGGCUCAGAAGAUUCCUGGCUGAGAUUUGGGAUGUGGCUGCUCCUGGACAGAGCCGGAGCUUUCCCUGGAGCCUGAUCGGAGCCAGAGCAGCGCGGCCCCGAGGGAGGGUCCCAUGGAGCAGGAGGGGACACCCCAGAACGAGGGGACACCCCAGAACGAGGGGAGCCCCCAGCCCCCGGAGGAGGCAGUUCGUGGGGACGGAAUUCCCGGUGUCGGGGGCGGAAUUCCCGGUGUCGCGGAUGAAAUCUCCGGUGUUGGGGGCAGAAUUCCCGGUGUUGGGGACAGAAUCUCUGGAGCUGGGGAUGGAAUUCCUGGUGUCGGGGACAGAAUUCCCAGUGUCGGGGAUGAAAUCUCCGGUGUUGGGGGCAGAAUUCCUGGUGUCAGGGGCGGAAUUCCCGGUGUUGGGGACGAAACCUCCAGUGUUGGGGAUGAAACCUCCAGUGUUGGGGAUGAAACCUCCAGUGUUGGGGAUGAAAUCUCUGGUGUUGGGGAUGAAACCUCCAGUGUUGGGGACAGAAUUCCUGGUGUUGGGGAUGAAAUCUCUGGUGUCGGGGAUGAAAUUCCCGGUGUCGGGGGUGGAAUCUCUGGUGUUGGGGACGGAAUUCCCGAUGUCAGGGACGGAAUUCCUGGUGUUGGGGAUGGAAUUCCCGAUGUCAGGGACAGAAUUCCCGGUGUUGGGGACGGAAUUCCCGGUGUUGGGGACAGAAUUCCCGAUGUCAGGGACAGAAUUCCCGGUGUUGGGGACAGAAUUCCCGAUGUCAGGGACAGAAUUCCCGGUGUUGGGGACAGAAUUCCCGAUGUCAGGGACGGAAUUCCCGGUGUCGGCCGGGAGAGCCCUGCCCCGGCUGGGGAAGCUGCCGAAGGGGUCUCCGGCCCCCAGGGACCCCCGGGACGUUGCCCCGAGGAGCCGCGGGAGGAGCAGCCCCCGCAGGAGGGGGGGUCCUCGCUGGGGCUCCCCCGGCCCCUCCCGGGAACCGCGGCCGAGCCCCCCCGGGCGCAGCCCCCGGGCCGGGACCAGGAUUUCUACUGCGUGAAGUGGAUCAGCUGGAAAGGGGAGCGGACGCCGGUGGUGACCCAGAGCGAGAACGGGCCCUGCCCUCUCCUGGCCAUCAUGAACGUCCUCCUCCUGCAGUGGAAGGUGAAGCUGUCCCCGCAGAAGGAGGUGAUCACGGCCGAGGAGCUGAUGGCACAUUUGGGGAAUUGCAUCCUGGCCACCCAACCCCGGGACACCUCGGAGGGGCUGCAGCUCAAUUUCCAGCAGAACAUCAGUGACACCAUGACGGUCCUCCCGAAGCUCUCCACGGGGCUGGACGUCAACGUGAGGUUCACGGGGGUCUCAGAUUUCGAGUACACCCCCGAGUGCAUCAUCUUCGACCUCCUCAACAUCCCUCUCUACCACGGCUGGCUGGUGGACCCCCAGAGCCCGGAGCAGGUGCAGGCCGUGGGCAAGCUCAGCUACAACCAACUGGUGGAGAAGAUCAUCACCUGCAAACAGGCCAGCGACUCCAGCCUGGUGAGCGAAGGGCUGGCGGCCGAGCAGUUCCUGGAGUCCACGGCGUCGCAGCUGACGUUCCACGGGCUGUGCGAGCUCACGGCCCGGGCCCGCGAGGGCGAGCUCGGCGUCUUCUUCCGCAACAACCACUUCAGCACCAUGAUCAAGCACAAGGGCCACCUUUACCUGCUGGUGACAGACCAGGGCUUCCUGCAGGAGGAGGGGGUGGUUUGGGAGAGCCUGCACAGCGUGGACGGGGACAGCUGCUUCUGUGACACCGAGUUCCACCUGAGCCACUCCCCGGGCAAGGAGGGGGCCACCGCAGCCCCCCUGGACCACCGGCAGCUGCAGCAGAGCCAAGUGGAUCAGGAUUACAUGGUGGCCCUGUCGCUGCAGCAGGGACACGACCCUCCCUCCGUGCUCAGCGACCUGGAGCUGGCGCGGCAGCUGCAGCACGAGGAGUACCAGCAGCACCACCCUCACCUUCAUCCUCAUCAGCCUGGGCCUCCUCAGCCGCUGCCAGCGCAGGCGGGCGGGCGUGCGGUCAGAGAGCGGCGGCAGCGGCAGCGGCCGGAUUUGGACUGUACCCUCCUUUAACACCUCGGGCCCGCAGGGUCCCCGCGGCCCCCCGAGUCCUCCUGUGGGCUGGAGUGGACGCACGGAUCAGGGGGUGACGGUCUGAGACCACCCCAAACUUCCCAGUGGCCUUAACAUGGAGGGGUUCCGAUUCAGGGGGGGUCCCACACCUCAAUCCACGCUCCGAGACGCAGGUGGAGCCUGGCUGGGGGGGGACACGUGCACCCCCCUGUUCAAAAUGUGGCCUUAGCCCUUGGCAAGUAAAGGACUUGUCCCCCUGCACAGGGACC